UCAGUAUCUAACGGCUAAAGGAAUCGUGGAUAUGAAACAUUCCCGCCAGAUGCGCGCGCGCCUUCUAGAACAUUUCAUUUCUUUCGCCGGGCACGCGAGUGGAAUCGUGCAGCACUUGAUGGCGCGUGUUAACAAUUUAAAAAAGAGAAAAAAAACAACUCUGUGGCGCCCGAGAGAGAGAGAGAGAGAGAUAGAGAGACUAACAGGCGGAGGGAGAGAGAGAGAGAGAGAGAGGGAGGAGGAGGCUCGCGCAGCAUUAGCGCCUCAGUGCUCGGCUUGUUAGGCUCCACUAAGAAGAGAAGUGGACGAGGUCGGGGGUUUUGAAGAAUGGCUCAGGACGUGUUUCAGUGCCACGGUUCCACUCGUUAACGUGCCUUUUGUUCCUCAGAACACGGUUUGUUACAAGAACACCAAAGCAAGGCGGAUCUCUCCAUCGUCUCCGACUUUUCAGUAUAACCUGACAGACGUCUAUCUCUGGAGUUUGGAUAAAACCUAUGAAAAGUUACCUUCUUCUAAUGACACAAUAGCAAACAGAGGGAUUACAACCAUAUAACUCCAGAUAUUUGUUGAAGAUCAAGGUGGCGAGAAUGGGCCGGAAAAAGAUCCAGAUUACCCGCAUCAUGGAUGAGCGAAACAGACAGGUGACCUUCACUAAGAGGAAGUUUGGCCUAAUGAAGAAGGCGUAUGAGCUGAGUGUGCUGUGCGACUGCGAGAUCGCACUCAUUAUCUUCAACAGCUCCAAUAAGCUCUUCCAGUAUGCCAGCACAGACAUGGACAAGGUUUUACUCAAAUACACGGAGUACAACGAGCCUCAUGAGAGUCGGACUAACUCAGACAUUGUCGAGGCUCUUAACAAGAAGGAGCAGCGUGGCUCUGAGAGCCCAGAAGUGGACACAUGCUCGUAUGUUCUCACCCCACACGCAGAGGAGAAAUACCAGAAGAUUAAUGAAGAGUUUGAUAACAUGAUGCGCAAUCAUAAAAUGCCGGCGGUUCUGUCUCAGCAGAGCUUCUCCAUGCCUGUGGCACUGCCCGUGUCUGAGCACGGUGUCCACUCCUACAGCAGCAUGGGCGCUCUGGGUGAAGCCGGCAUGCUGUCUCCGUCCUCCAGCACACUGCACAGAUCUUCAAACACACGACUCUCAGCUGGUGUCCACACUUCCUCAGAUCACACACCCAAUGGUGUGCACUCUGCUUCAGUGGUGAAUGGCUACAUCAGUGCUCAGGGAGAGAACAGCAUGGGAAGAGGACCAACAGCCAAAUCUGCAGCACCCCCUACAGGAAACCUCACAACCAUUGGACAUAAGCCAGAGCUCCGAGUGCUCAUUCCACCAUCCUGUAAAAUCUCCCCAUCUCUGAGGAUAAAUAGCCCACCGUCCAGCCAAUCGCUGAGCACACAGGUGGUGUCCAUGGCAACACCCAGUAUGCAUCCCCAGGGCCUUCCAUACCCAGCUAUGACAUCAGCAUACAGCUCAGAUUAUGGAUUAAACGCCUCAGAACUCAGUAAUCUGCAUGGCUUCAGCAUGUCAGACAGCCUGACUUUGGCAUCAGGGUCACCAUGGCAACAUACUCAGACAGCAGUUACUUCUCAGGGAGUCUCUCGUUCCUUAUCCCAUGUCUCUGAGCCAUCCUCCAGAUCUUCUCCAAUCAUGGAUAUAAAAGCUGAGCCUGUGUCUCCCCCAAUGGCCUUCCUUUCUGCCCCUCCCUCCUCCUCUCUCCACUCUCCAGCCGAUAGCCUUGCCUCCUCCUGCAGCUCAUACGACGGGAGUGAACGUGAGGAGCAGCGCAGAGACGCCCACCACUCUGUGCCCACCCCAGGCCAGGGCAGUGGCCCAUCAGAGGGCAUCAGGGGUCCGUCACUCAAACGGCUGCGCACAGAGAGCUGGGUGACAUAGCAUUGAAUAGGAUUAGGCUAUUGGAAAGUAAGCAGGGAGCAAACCGUUCGGUCACUAUUUAUUGCAAAUAACAAUAUUGCCUUUGUCCCUUUUUAGUAUAUGUAGCAAGAACUAUAGGGACAUAGGACACCGGAAAAGGAUGUGUCCUGAAGGAAAAAUGUUCUUACAGGGUUGUACAGGGAUGACUAGUGGUCAAGUCAUACCUUUUUAUCAGCAGAAAAUUACAUUUAUGAAAAGCCUGUAGGUUGUUUUUUUUUUUCAAUCAGGGAAAGAAAUUUAGCUUUUAAUGAGUUUUGUAGUAUGACAUCAAGCCAAAAGUGUUUGAUAUUUGUAAAUGUUUCUACAAUUUUCUUUAUGGGUCGUCAAACUGAAGCAUGUACUUGAGCCAAUAAUUGCCUGCUUCAAAAUAUACUCCAUAGUGCUCUGGGCCUAGAUUAUUUGCAAGGGUGUUUUUGUUCUUUCUUUUUUUUUUCAUGCUAGCAUAUGCAAAAAAACAUGAGCAUUAUUAAAAUUCAUUGUUCUUUAAACUUUAUAAUGAAUAAGCUGUAAAUGCAUGCUGUAAUUAAAUUUUAGUGCAGGGGAGUCCAGUUGCUAUGCCCUUCCUGAGGUUCAAGUGCAAUAAGGAGUUAAGUGUGUCAUUGUUCUGUGAUUACUUCUGUCACUCAUGAUGCCAUAAGCCAUGCUGAACUCAUCUGAUCUGCUCCCUGGUGAAGUGCAGACUCGUGGGGCACGAUUGGAGAACUAAGCAUUUAGGACACAGUCACGUUUGACUUUACAUACUCAAAUGCUUAAAGAAGGUGCGGUCACUAUUUAUAUAAUUAUAUCAGACGAUUAGCACCAUUUGUAUCCAUUGCAUUUUUUUCUCUUCGUCAUUUAGGCCCUAGUGGUGCAAAAGAGACAGCUGUUGUCUUUGCAUCGGCGUGGCUAAAGGGAAUAUUAGUUACUCGUAAAGCGUGCACAUAAGAACACUUCUGAAUGACAAAAAAGGGACACCCUGGAACCUUGUGGAUUUCAUGGACACACACACAUACACGGUCCACAAGACCUCAAGUGUGCCAUUUGUUGACUGUAUUGAAGGAGAUCAGCUCAGGUCAGUUAUUGUACCAUGUCAGACCAUCCACCAUCCAGUGUGUUCUCUCUGCAGGAGGGUUUCAGCACCCAAAAGUUCUGGAUGGUCAAACGUUUGUGGACACCCAACCAUCACAACCCGAACGUGCUUGUGAGCAUCCCGUUCCAGAUUUAGUCCACCAUUUGCUGUUAUAACAACUUACUCUCUACAUGUGUCCACAAACUAAUGGUCAUAUUGAGAAACUUCAUCUCUGCUUUAUACUCUUCACACCAGGCUUUUCAGUCUCGGAAAUGAUUUGGAUUAUUUACCGGUAAGCCUCCUUUUCAACAAAACACAUCCUGGACAUUAGUAAUGGUUGACCAAGGCUCUAUUUAUUAAACUUAGACCUAAUGUAUUUGGUAUACUGUUUAUAGAGUGUUGUAUAUAAUGUACAUAUCGUUGCCUUGAGGUAGCUGAAUAUGAUCCAUUUAAAGAAAUAUAACAUUUAAUCCAUGGUUGUCUUUUUUUGGUGUUUUAUUUUUGUCCUGAACAAAGCUACCAUUUGUGUUAUUACUGAUAUACACGUUUCAGGACUGUUUCUUACCAAAUAUUGACUUAAGGUACGACACUCAUGCAGCAGUUUCACCUGGAUUGCUACUUAUCUUCCCUGGAAAUAAACACACAUACACACACACACGUACACAGCAGAAAGGUCAUUCACCACACAAGGAUGUUAGGGGGUGUAAAAUAAAAUGUGACCUAUUUCAUAUUGACUUAAAGUUCAGACAAAUAGAAGUCAGUCAAUUCUCAGCACUUUGUUGUUUAUAGGAACCUCAAGGUGGGUUAGAGUCAUCUAUGACUCAUAAACGUCUACACUUAGGUGCAUCAGUGCGUGCUGUGUGGGAGAUGCGUGGUCUGAAGCUGGGGACAUGCAACAAAUUUUUUGGUU